UUUUGCGGAUUAAAGUCAUAUUUGUAAGAGUAAUAUUUUUUUAAGAAAAAAAACAUUAAUUUGACUUUUUAAAAAUCCUAUUUAUAUAAUAACAGCCAGUUGCAAUCUGGUUGUUUGUACUCACCGUAUCACAAUUAUUUCUCCAUACCCCUAACGAUCAAGGUUCCAUCAAUGGUGGACGUCCCAUCAUCUUCGACCACCAGACGGUGGACGUACGACGUCUUCUUAAGCUUUCGAGGUGAGGACACUCGUCAGAAUUUCACCAAACACCUUUACGACGCCCUCGAUACUGCCGGAGUCAACACGUUUCGUGACGACGUUGAACUCCGGCAAGGAGACGCCGUGGGCUCAGAGCUUGUGGUAGCGAUUAAAAAAUCGAGGAUAGCAGUCGUGGUGUUCUCCGAUGGCUAUGCCGACUCACAGUGGUGCCUAGGGGAGAUCGCCGAGAUCAUGGAUUGCCGGACUGUUGAGGGCCAACUGGUCCUUCCGAUCUUCUAUGAGGUGGAUCCGUCGGACGUUCGGAAGCAGAAGGGGAGGUUUGCGGCCGCAUUUGAGAAGCACGAGAAGAGAUUUGGUGUAGAUUCGGUGGAGGUCCUGCGGUGGAGGGCGGCGCUCAGAGAGGCCGCUAGCUUGUCCGGCUGGGACUUGAGGCAGCUAGCCGAUGGGCAUGAAGGAAAGUUCAUAACCAAAAUAGUGGAAAGGGUUCAAAGCGAACUGAGAGUGACAUAUUUGGAAGUCGCCAUCUACCCCGUUGGCAUUGAUGUUCGUCUCAAACACUUGAUCUCAUUAAUGGCCAUUUCUACAAACCACUCCACUCUCGUCCUCGGCAUCUAUGGCAUGAGCGGCAUUGGCAAAACCACUCUCUCUAAAGCACUCUUCAACCACUUCUUCCACUUCUUCAAUUCUAGAUCUUUUCUCCCCAGCAUCAACUCCAUCUCUAACUCCUCUCCCGACGCUCUCCUUCGCCUCCAACAAACUCUCCUCUCCGAUCUCCUCAUCGCCACUAACCUCCGCUCUCGUUCCUCGACCACCACCGACUCCACCGUCGUUCGGAUGCAGGAAAGACUCCAAAACAAAAAGGUCUUGGUUGUCCUCGACGACCUGGAUCGUAUCGAACAAGCAAAUGCGCUAGCAAUACGGGACCCAAGAUGGUUUGGAAAGGGAAGCCGAAUCAUAAUCACAACAAGAAACAAACAAAUCUUGGACAUUCUAAAAGUCGACAAAGUAUACAACAUGGAAUCCAAUCCACUGAACGACGAGGAAUCAUUGGAGCUUUUUAGCUACCACGCAUUCCGGGAGCAAAAUCCACCAGAGGAGCUUUUGGAAUGUUCGAAAUCCAUCGUUUCGUACUGCGGAAAUCUUCCUCUAGCUCUGGAAAUCCUGGGUGGGUCAUUCUUCGGAGGGAGACCGAUGGAGGAAUGGAGAAAAGCGUUGGAGAGACUGAAGAUGAUUCCGGCGGGGGAUUUGCAAGAGAAGCUUCGAUUAGGGUUUGAAGGAUUGAGAGAUGAGAUGGAGAGGGAGAUAUUUCUUGAUGUGUGUUGCUAUUUUGUGGGAAUGAAAGAGGAAUUGGUAGUGGAGAUUAUGGAUGGAUGUGGAAUGUAUGGAGAAAGUGGAUUGAGAGGAUUGAAAUGGAGGUGUUUGGUUGGUGUUGAGAUUUGGAGUGGAAGGUUGAAGAUGCAUGAUUUGGUUAGGGACAUGGGGAGGGAGAUUGUGAGGCAAACUUGUGUGAAGGAACCUGCUAGACGAUCUAGGGUUUGGCUUUAUCAUGAGGCUCUCAAGAUCUUACUCCAUCAAACCGGAACUGAAAACAUUGAAGGACUUGCAAUUGACAUGGGCAAAGGAAACAAGGAGAAAUUCAAAUUGGAAGCAUUUGGGAAAAUGAGAAAUCUAAGGUUACUCAAACUCAACUAUGUGAAUCUCAUUGGAACUAAUUUUGAGCAAAUAAUAAGCAAAGAAUUAAGGUGGAUUUGUUGGCAUGGAUUCCCUUUGAAGUCUAUUCCAAGCUCAUUUUAUCAAGGAAACCUUGUUGCCAUUGACAUGAGACAUAGCAGCUUGAUACAUCCUUGGACUUGGAGGGAUUCACAGAUUCUUGAGAACCUAAAAGUUCUAAACCUAAGCCAUUCCCAAAAGCUAAAGAAGUCCCCAAACUUCACAAAGCUCCCAAACCUAGAGCAGCUAAAACUCAAGAACUGCACAGCCUUAUCAAGUCUCCACCCCUCCAUUGGCCAACUUUGUAAGCUUCAUCUCAUCAACCUCCAAAACUGCACAAAUCUUUCGUCUUUACCAACCUCCAUCUACAAUCUUCACUCCCUCCAAACUUUCAUCAUCUCUGGCUGCUCCAAGAUUGACCGCCUCCACGACGACCUCGGCCACCUUGAAUCCCUCACCACCCUUCUCGCUGACCGAACCGCCAUAUCCCACAUCCCUUUCUCCAUUGUCAAGUUGAAGAAGCUCACUGACUUAUCUCUAUGUGGUUGUAACAGCAGAUCAGGAUCGGGAAGCUCGGCAUUGCUGCCAUGGAGGCUAGUGUCAUGGGCAUUGCCAAGACCAAACCAGACAUGCACAACCCUAACUUUUCCAUCUUCAUUAAAAGGUUUGAGCUCUCUAACAGAGUUGAGUCUACAAAAUUGCAAUCUUGAUUCACUUCCAAUUGACAUUGGGAGCUUGAGUGAGCUAAAAAGGUUGAAUCUUGGGGGCAACAAAAAUUUGACGGUUUUGGGGACUGAAAUUUGUGGGCUUUCGAAACUGAAAGAGCUGAAUGUGGAGAAUUGUGGGAGGCUUGAGUUCAUCCAAGGAUUUCCAAAGAAUAUGAGAAGUUUUUGUGCCACCAAUUGUAAGUCAUUGGUGAGAACUCCUGAUAUUUCCACGUUUGAAAGGGCACCUAAUAUGGUUCUCACCAAUUGUUGUGCAUUGCUUGAGGUUUGUGGAUUGGACAAAUUGGAAUGCUCUAGUAAUAUUCGUAUGGCCGGUUGUUCAAAUCUCUCUACUGACUUUAGGAUGAGCCUUCUCGAGAAAUGGAGUGGGGAUGGCUUAGGCAGCUUGUGUAUAGCAGGCAACCAACUCCCCAAAUGCUUACACUUCUUCACCACACACCCACCCUUAACCUUCCAAGUUCCCAACAUCAACAACAUUUUCUUCUUGGCCUCACAAUCUUUGCCAUUUUCACUCACUUGAUCACUGACAUAAACCACUCCCCAUCUCUCCGUCUCAUCAACAAAACCUCAUCCCGAACGCAUCAAUACCGAAUGCUCGGCCUCCACUAUGACUCCAUCAACAUCCAUGCUCAACACACUUGGGCCAUCCACCUUCCCUUCUCUUAUGGAUAUCGUCUCAACCCUGGGGAUGACAUUGAGCUUCACAUUCCUAAUGCCAAUGCCUAUGGAGUUCGGUUGGCCUAUCAUUUAGGUGAACCUCAGCCAAUUGAGAGUUUUGCCCCAUCGAUGGCGGUGGAAGAACAAGGUGGUGCUAGCAACGGCGAUGACAAUGACGAUUCUACAUAUCAUGUUCUUGAUCAACAAAUGCAAGAGAGUGGCUCUAAUACUUCUCCAUGGUUAUUGCUUAGGUAUUCUUUUAUCAUCUCUAUUUUGGUUUUGGGUUUGUCAUUGAUUUUGAUGAUCCAAUGGUAGUUUGAACAUUUGAGUAAAAAAUAAACCCCAUAGGUUUAGGGUUUUGAGCUAUGUAAAUAUUUGGAGGAAUCGGGUGAAAAAUGUAAAUAGAUCUAAAUGAUUAUUAGUUUUA